GCCGUUCUCUCGAUCAAAGCCCCCUGCGCCGCGCCGCUCCGUCUUCCGCUCCCUUCGCCCUCCUCCAUCUCCGUUGCUUGGUUCCGCAGGGUCCCGUGCUCCCGAGGAAGAUGAGUAUACAUGAAAUGGAAUUAGAGGAAUGUGAGAGCUUGUUGCUGGAUAGGGUCCGGCUGCUUCAUCCAUGGAACCCUGAGGGGAUCGUUGCCCACAUCAUCUCUUCCAAAACACCUGCAGAGAUCAGACAACUACUUGCCUUAGAUGACAAAAUAGCUCCCCUGAUUGUUGAGGCGGCGAAGCAAUUCCCACAGCUACCACCAUUGCAGCCACCUAAAGAGCGACAUGGCUUACAACCAUUCCCCCACUUGCGCCCUCAGUUUCAUCCAGUCGACAGUUUUCAAGGAAUCCAGGCUCCAUUUCACUGGACCUAUUCAUGGCCUCAGUUUCAUCCGAGGGGAAUUUCUCAUGAAUUUCAGGCUCCAUUCCCCUUUCUCCAUUUGCAGCCUCAGUUUCACUCAAUUGGCAUUUCUCAUGAAUUUCGGGUUCCAUUUCCCUUGCCCCAUUCACAGCCUCAGUUUUGCCUCAAUGACAUUUCUCAUAAGUUUCAGGCUCCAUUGCCGCUCAAUGUUCAAAUUGGAGCAUUGCACCCUGGGCUGCCUCAGUUACAUCCAAGCGGCAGUUUUCAUGGAAUUCAUGCUCCAUUCGCCCCCAUUGGUCCUACUGGAUCUUUUCAGAGCCCAUCUCCUGAAUUCACUGGCUCGGGGGAGCUCAUGUUGGAGAAGGAGAUAAGAGAACUCCUGUUUUUGCUGCGACCAUCAAGUCUCCCAAUUGAGUCUCUUGCAAAUAUGUACAUUGACAGGUAUGGAAAGCCUCUGCGGACUGAGAGAUUCCUCACGGAGGGCCAGCAGCAUGGAAAGUUUGGUUGUAGCCUAACAGAUCUGCUCAUGCGACUUAACACCACCAGUCCUUGAGAGAAAGGAACAACAAUAUAUUGUCCCGGUGGAAGAUGCUCCUAAGUACUUGGCUCAUGUUUCAAAUUGGCAAUGCCUCCUGCUAGCAGGGAUCGUAACAAGAUUUAUGUUAUUUUCUUGCUUGGAAGCAAAUUCACUGAAGACGACGUUCACAACUACUUCAGUCAGUAUGGUAGUGUCAAUGAUGUGCCAAUCCCACCUCAAGGAAGGCGCAUGUAUGGUUUUGUGAGCUUCCAGGACCCCGGGACGGCAAAACAGAUCCUAUCAGAAAGGAUGCCUCAUAUCAUUUGUGGAGAUCAAGUCCGUGUCAGAGAGUACAGGGACAAACAUGAACUAGAGAGAGCUACGUGUCAUUUCAUUAAGAGAGAAAAACCACAUCAUAUUGUCCCAGUGGAAGAUCCUCCUAAAUACUUGGCUCAUAGCUCCAAGUUGGGGGUGCCUUCUGCUAGUAGCGAUCCUAACCAGAUUUACGUUGUUUUCAUACCUGAAAGCAAAUUCACUGAAGAAGAUGUUCUGAACUACUUCAGUAAGUAUGGUACUGUCAAUAAUGUGCGAAUUCCACAUCAAGGAAGGCGCAUGUAUGGUUUUGUGAGCUUCCAGGACCCCGGGACGGCAGAACGGAUCUUAUCAGAAAGGACCCCUCAUUUCAUCUGUGGAGAUCAAGUUCGUGUCAAAGCGUACAAGGAAAAACGUGAACUACAAUAUGGGCAGAUUCAUGGUUCCAAAUUGGUGAUGCCUUCUGCAAUAAAUAGUUCUCACCAGAUUUUUAUUACCUUCGACCCUAAAAGCACAUUCACCGAAAAUGAUGCUUGGAAUUACUUCAGCCACUAUGGCCCUGUCAAUAAUGUGCAAAUUCCACUUCAGAAGAAACGCAUGUUUGGUUAUGUGAGCUUCAAGUACCCCGAGAUGGUAAAACAAAUCUUGUCAGAAAGAUGUUCAAGGACCUCUCACUUCAUACGUGGAGAUCAUGUUUUCGUCGAACCUUACAAUGAAAAACAUGGACCAGAGACGUUAGCUCGGGAAGAUGCCCAUUCUGUACCUGGUCCACGCAAGGUGUCAGAUGUUAACGUUAUUCACGAGAAUCAUACAGGAAAACAAUUAUCAUGUGACCAUGAAUUAUUUGGGAAGAAGCUGAAUAAAGGGUGUGAUCAAGGAAUUGUUACUGAAAAGAGCAGUACUAAUGUUGCGCCAGUCAUGAUUUCACCACCAACGCACAACCUAUCUGUUCACUCUGUUAGUGAAGCAAGUCCUUCACAAGGAGACAAUACCACAGAAUCAUCGCAUGUGUCAAAUCAUUUGGAUGAGACAGCAGCAGAUCAAGAUAGGGGUGACUUGAGGCUUCCGGAAACCCUUGACGAUGUUUACUGAUAUGAGGAACCGAAUCUGCAAGUGUACUAAGAGCAAACUGGAAGCGCUCUGGUCGGUGACUUGGUACUGUAUAUACGGUAGGUUAGAUAUAUAGAUAUAAGUUCUUCAGACGCAGUCGGUGUGCGGUCAGCAACUGGACAGGACUGGAAGGUGAUUUUGUUAGUUGAGUCGAGUCAUACAAAAGCUGUUAUGACCUGCUGAUGCAUCUAGACAUAUAUGGUUGGUUGGAAAGGCGUACGUCGGGGCAUAAGUGGAGUAGGUUCAUGUAGAAACAUCCUUGUGAAGUGAGACUAUAGCCG